AGUCUUUUUCAUUAAAGCAUGGGAAAGGCAUCUUUUUAAACUCAUCUAAAUCUUGAUCUAAAUUUUCUACCGCUGUUUGUCAUUUUCAUAGUUCAUUUGAUUUUAGUUAAUUGAUCUUGUUGUUUAAUUAUUAUAAUUCAGCCCAGUUAGGUGUGAUUGCUAAAAUUAAACACAAUGAACCAAGUUACACCAUCAGCUAUUUGUUCUUCCCUUGGAUGUAAUAAUAGUGCAACCCUUCAUUGUCCACAUUGUCUCAAGCUAGAUAUUAAAUCAUUAUUCUGCUCUCAGGAUUGUUUUAAAAGCAAUUGGAACCAACACAAAACUGUUCAUUCAGAGAAAAAGGCUAAUAGUGAUGUAUUUGAACCAUGGCCAGGAUACACCUUCACUGGACCUCUUCGACCUUAUCGCCAGACACCAAAACGUGAAGUUCCUGAUCAUAUCAUGAGACCUGAUUAUGCUGAUCACCCAGCUGGCCAUUCUGAGUGUGAAGAAGCAUUAGAAGGAUCUUCAACCAUUAAGAUAUUGGAUGAUGAAGAAAAAGAAGGAGUCACUUUAGCUAGUAAAUUGGCUCGGGAAGUCCUAGAUGAAGCUGCCAAAGCUGUAGCAGUUGGAGUGACCACUGAGGAAAUUGAUAGAAUCGUCCAUGAAGCUUGUAUUGAUCGUGAAUGUUAUCCAUCCCCUCUGAACUAUUACAAGUUUCCUAAAUCAUGUUGUACAUCGGUUAAUGAAGUUAUCUGUCAUGGUAUACCAGAUCUAAGACCCUUAAAAGAUGGCGAUAUUUGUAACAUUGAUAUUACUGUUUACCAUCGUGGCUUUCAUGGUGACCUUAAUGAAACCUUAUUUGUUGGCAAUGUCGAUGAUAAAGCUAAAAAAUUAGUCAAAGUAACGUACGAAUGUUUGAUGAAAGGGAUCGAGAUCGUUAAACCUGGAGAAAAAUAUCGUGAAAUUGGUAAUGUAAUUCAGAAACAUGCACAAGCUAAUGGAUUCUCGGUAGUUAGAAGAUAUUGUGGCCACGGAAUUCAUCGGCUUUUCCAUACAGCUCCUAAUGUACCUCACUAUGCUAAAAAUAAGGCUGUUGGUAUAAUGAAACCUGGACAUUGUUUCACCAUUGAACCUAUGAUCUCUGAAGGUUCUUGGAGAGACAUUUUGUGGCCUGAUGAAUGGACCGCAGUAACCCAAGAUGGUAAAAGGUCAGCCCAAUUUGAACAGACUCUUUUAGUCACAGAAACUGGUUGUCAAAUACUAACUGCUCGUCGCGCAAAUGGAGGUAAACCUUAUUUCAUGGACAAUUGGACACCGGAUUGUUGAUAUGAAUAAUUGGAUAAUGAACUCUUAGUGAUUGUAAAAAUCGGCCUUCAUUGUCUUGUGAUAAAUUGUUUUUUACUCAA